CAUAUAAAUGACGGCGGUGCUCGCGCCACGGGAUCACAGAUUCGAUCUCGUUCAAAUCGACUAAGCCGUACAAUACGAACCGCCGACAAUCGUCGUCGUCAUGCAGUAUCUAAUCUUGGCCUUUGCAGUCUUCGGCUGCGCUUUCGGACAAUUCGGAUCGUAUCGCGGCUUCCCCGGCCAAAAUGCAUAUAGAGCAACGCCGAGGCCCUAUCAACCGCAACCGCAACCGCAACCGCAAUACACGUCGCAGCCGCAGCCGCAAUACAACACGCAAUACACGUCUGGAUCAAAGCCGUUCAUAGCUAUUCGUAGCCAGCACAAGGAUACAUCACCCGACGGAUCUUACACCUUCGGUUAUGAAACCGAGAACGGAAUUUCAGUCUCUGAAAGGGGAUACCCUCAAUCUGGGCCUCAGGGUCAAACGGAGGUGGUCCAGGGCAGCUUUUCCUACCACGCACCCGACGGAACCCCCAUUACCAUUCAGUACACGGCCGACGAGAACGGUUUUCAUGCCGAGGGUGCCCACAUUCCCACACCGCCCCCCAUCCCGGAGGCCAUCAGAAGAGCGCUCGCGGCAAAUCCGCCUGGGCCUGGGGAUGACGAUGGUCAGUACGACCGGCAACAACCCUACCAGCAGAGAUUCGGCGGACAGACGUACAACGCCAAUCCGUACCGAAGAUUCUAGUUUUCACCGUACGAUCCGCAAGAUCCUCCACGACCAGCGCCGGUCCAGCGAGUUCGCUGGAGGGAGGCUCGGCUAGAUACCGAUGCAUGUGACGGCUUUGAGUCAUUUUCUUUCCCUCCCCAGCCUCUAAUGCGAAGUGAUACGUGUACAUAGGACACAGUAUGGUGGAUAACAAAACAGAGUAUCGAUCCCCCUAUAAGAAAUAUAACUGCCGUUACGCAAUAAAUCAAUACAUAUAUAUUGUUUCU